UUGAGCCGAUGACACGACGUUGGCAGGCGCAGGAAAAACACAUAACCAAAACAAAUUCCGCAAAUCGGAUAAUUCCCCCUGGUCAGACAACGCCGGUGAUUUGCAGAACUCACACCCACAAAAAUGAACCAGCUCUGCCGGAGUAAUGCUGCCAACCGAAUUGUGCGGUUUGUGAAAACGCUCUACACGGAAGGUUCGUCACCGACAACGGCAGCGAGGUGUUACUCAACCAAAUUGGCUCCAGAGCCGUCUACCAACAUUGGCAAAGCUAGUCCAGUCGCAAGUAAUGUCCCCACCGAACGCAAAUCCAUUAUUCCUCCCAACUACCGAUACGUGUAUCAGGAAUUCCUGCCAGACCCGAAAGUCGAGUGGCGUAACUCGGUGCGCGAGAAACUCGAACGCAAGGAUAUGCUGGAUCGACGUGCCAAUAUCGACAUACCAGAGUUUUACGUGGGUUCCGUAGUUGCCGUAACGUCUUCCGACCCGCAUGCCGAGAACAAAACGGCGCGUUUCGUAGGGAUUUGCAUUUUACGCGAGAAAUGUGGACUGCGCGCACGGUUCAUACUGCGAAACGUGAUCGAUCACCAAGGCGUAGAGAUUAGCUACGAUCUGUACGAUCCCACAUUGCAAAAAAUCGAAGUGCUUCGUCUCGAAAAACGUUUAGACGAAAAUUUGCUGUAUCUACGCGAUGCGCUGGACGAAUACAGCACGUUUGAUGUUAACAUGGAGCCUGAAAUCUUACCCGAGGGUUCACCGGUACCGAUUAACGAUGUGAAGGUGGUGCUCAAACCGAGACCGUGGUACGCACGCUGGGAAAGACACAACCUCCAGGGUGUAGCCAACAUUGAUGAGCACACGAACGAACGGAAACGACGGAAGGCAGAGGCAGUGGCCCAGCCAUGGGAGAAGUAUGAUCUCAUGAAAGAGUAUCGCCGCACCAUACCAGAGGAAGAGCAGAAGGAAAUAUUUACCGAAAUUUAUUCACAGCUUCACUCGCUGGAACUGGCACGAAAGAAGAUGAAGCGUAAGCGCACGUUUGUGAAACCUACCAAGCUCGCUUAAUAUACACUAUUAACAUCCUUCAAUGCCUUCACAUGCCACAAACCUUAGCAAUAAAAGCUCGAGAAAAGCAGGCACAGUUACGAAAUAAAACGAAAUGUGUUCUUCUUUUAUUAUAGUGUAGCGUCGGAUGUAAGAAGACGUGUUCUGUUGGACAUAAUUGGGAGGCAUUAAAGAUUUACUACAAUUACCAGAUAAAACAAACCGCCUUGCUACGCGCGCUUCGACCCAAGUAUUAAAAUAACCUAAUCGCUGUUUUGACGUUGCGAUUGUACAAAUCUAUGUACAGACAAUAUUUGACCUCACUACAAGCGAAUGAAGUCAAAUGACUCAAAGCAACUAACCAAUAGUUGACCAAUGUGACUGCUAUAGUUGUUUUAGCUUAACAAUACUCUCCCUUUGCUGCUUAAAGAAACAGGAAGGGUCGCAAAGUCACAAGAUCUCUGCACAAAACAUAAAUCAUACUCUGUAAAUCACUACGUUUGCAAACAAAUGUUUUACGUUCUUACAUCACUAACACUAACAUUUUGCUGACUUCGAGCUGACCUCUUAGGAGAUAGAAAACACAAAUGUUUACUCUAUCAGUGUAACGAAAACUGACUCAAAAAUAAAGCUUACAAUACGAGGCCUAUACAA